AUGGCAACGGCUCCAUUAAGCCGUCUGCGGGACUACGUCUUGUAUGAGCGCAACCCUAUUGUCCAGGUCGUCUACUUUGGAGCCAUGGGCGCGUGUUACUACUUUUAUUUACAAGAAGCUCACCCGGUACUACCGAAUGAAUACGUCGCUUGGUAUCACAAAUGGUUGGCGACGACGCUGUUUGUCGCGUCACUGGCACUGUAUGUGCUCAUGUGCUUGAGCGAUCCCGGGAUCAUCCGGAGCGACAACAUCCAUGAGCUGAAGCAGUAUGUGAACCAUCCCGUGAUGUUUCCGGAGAUGAAGUACUGUCGCACAUGCAAGACGUUGAAACUGCCGCGGUCCAAGCAUUGCCGCAUGUGCAAUCACUGCGUCGGCCGGUUCGACCACCAGCGUUACUUUGUUGCCAUGAAUCCUUACGCUAUGAUGUCUGUUGCCGCGUCGCACAAAGUCUGGUUCAAUGGAUGUGUUGGGGAGAAGAACUACAAAUACUUUUUGUUGUACUUGGUGGUCCAACUCGCAGUCGGUCUUGAAGGUUUGUUCAUCACCAGCAGCGUUAUUCUUGUCCAGACGAGUGACUUGCUCGCCUCACGCGGCGUAAGAAUGGACGAUGUCGACAGGGCAGAUAUUGCCAAGAUCAUGCAGUCUUUGAUUGCUAACAACCAAGCGCUGGGGUUCGUCUCUGCUAUGUGCCUCAUGACCAGCGUCAUACUCUGGGUGUUCAUUUUGAUGCAGUUGAAGCGCAUUGCGCUGAACGAAACCGCGAACGAAUCGUUCAAACGCGAAGAUUUGCGCGAGGAAGCGAAUCUCGACGGUGAGACGUCAGGUCGUCACAUGUUUCACUUCCUCUACAAGCGGCUGACGUUCCGGCAGCGUCCAAAGUCUUCCGUGCCGCGUCGUGAGCUCCGCACGACGUUAGACGCGUCUUGGGGAGGUCUCUUUUCACCAGACACCAUCUUGAACACUGAAGAAAGGUACUCUGUGGACGACGUGAACUUUAACCCGUAUAGACUCGGCUCGUUCAAGGCGAACUUGCUUGACGCGCUCUGCUUCAGCGGUCGCUGCAAUAAGGACAAAGCGAAUUGA